AACAACAAAACAUUCGUCAGCAAAGUGAAAUGUCAAAGCAAGUGAAAAUCGGAAAGAAAAGAUUCAUUGGUGCUGCAGAAAAUUUUGUAAUUAAUUAUAAAUAGUUAAACGAAAUACAAUUGUGUGUUUUGAAAUAUUAAUAAUAAAAAACCAGGCUUUACGCUACAUUAAAACAUAACAACACACAGAGGCGAUUAUAUUAUGUUUACAAAUUUUCAACACAUUUGCGAAGUAUCACAAAUAGCGGAAAACGUUGCAUUCACAAAUUAAAUAUCCACCCAAUAAACACACAUAUCCAGUAAGUUAAUUUUACAACCACAACUGGCACAACGGCGGUCGGCAUGUAUCCAUGGAAUUCAACUUCUUACAGCCCAAGUGGCGGCGGCGGUGGCGGUGGCAAUGGCGCCAGUAGUGGCCGCAAUAGCGAACGCCGCAUGGUAAAUACCAUGCCGAGUGGUUUAGACGAACAAGAGAAGCUGCUAGCUGAAGCUAUUGGCACAGCGCGUAAGCAGGCGUUUCAGAUGAAUCACUUCUUAGACAAGGAUCGCAUAUUGGAUGCGCUCAAAUGUGCCAGCACAAUGUUAAGCGAAUUACGCACAUCAAUGCUAUCGCCGAAGAGUUACUACGAGUUGUAUAUGGCCAUCACCGAUGAGCUCUGCCAUUUGGAAUUGUAUCUGAGCGAGAAGAGCAACAAGGAGACAGAUUUCUAUGAACUUGUGCAGUAUUCGCACACCAUUGUGCCGCGUCUAUAUCUACUCAUAACCGUCGGCAUUGUGUAUAUAAAGAAGGAUUCAACGUUGAAACGCAGCAUACUCAAAGAUUUAGUGGAAAUGUGUCGUGGUGUGCAACAUCCGCUACGUGGUCUAUUCUUACGUAACUAUCUGUUGCAAUGCACGCGUAAUAUACUGCCCGAUGUGCUGAUGGCUGAGAAUGAACACGAAGGCAAUAUAUUGGAUGCCAUCGAAUUCGUUUUAACCAAUUUUGCAGAGAUGAAUAAGCUGUGGGUCCGUAUGCAACAUCAGGGGCACUCGAGUGAAAAGUCGCGACGUGAGAAGGAACGUGAAGAGUUAAAGAUAUUAGUGGGCACCAAUUUGGUGCGUCUGUCACAACUGGAAUCUGCCACACUGGCACACUAUCAGCGUUCCAUAUUGCCGGGUAUUUUGGAGCAAGUGGUCAGCUGUCGUGACGCCAUUGCGCAAGAAUACCUCAUGGAGUGUAUCAUACAAGUAUUCCCCGAUGAAUUCCAUCUGCAAACAUUAGAUCCGUUCCUAAAGUCAUGCGCGCAGCUAGAAACUGGUGUGAAUGUGAAAAAUAUUAUAAUAUCAUUGAUUGAUCGUUUGGCGGCGUACAACCAGCGUAGUGGCAAGACCAGCGGCACGGAUAUCGAGUCCAUCAUACCGGCUGAGGUGGAACUGUUUGAGGUGUUCAGCAUUCAAGUGGCGAAUAUUGUGCAGAAGCGCAUCGAUAUGCCGCUCGAAGACACGAUAUCGCUACAGAUUGCUUUGUUGAGCCUCGCGCAAAAAGUCUACCCCGAUCGCAUUGAUUAUGUGGAUAAAGUUCUCGGCACCACAACACAAAUUUUGGAAAGCCUUGAAAUGAACAACAUUUCACACUUCCUCUCGGUGAAUCAAGAGCUAUCACGUCUCCUACGCAUUUGCAUCGAUUUCUACAACAACGCAUUGACGGUUAUACAGCUGAAAAACUUCACACCGCUGCUAGACAAAUUCGACUAUAUUUCACGAAAAUCCUUGGCGCUCUAUUUGGUUAUGAAUAUACUCGAAUUUGAAACGCUUAUACCCACAGCCGAACAAGCUGAGCAUGUACUGACCAUAAUCGCGCCACUGAUCAAAGAUGAAGAGGCGCCUUUAGGAGCGGAUGGCAAGCCGGUGCCAGCAGCUGCCAACGGCAAUAAUGUAGAUCCUGAGGAAUUCGGCGAGGAGCAAGGCAUUGUUGCGCGUUUCAUACACUACAUGAAAGCCGAUGAGCCGGACAUGCAAUACAAGAUACUACAAACGGCACGCAAGCAUCUGGGUGUCGGCGGGCCACAGCGCAUAAAACACGUUCUACCGCCACUCAUCUUCUCCGCUUACCAAUUGGCCUACAAAUAUCGCGCUAUUUCGGAGGAGGACGAGAAUUGGGAUAAGAAAUGUCAGAAGAUACUACAAUACUGCCACAGCACAAUUGCGGCGAUAGCUAAAGCCGAUAUGGCCGAUGUAGCAUUGCGCUUGUACCUGCAAGGUGCGCUGGUUAUCGAUGAAAUCGGCUAUUCGAAUCACGAGACUGUGGCCUAUGAGUUCAUGACGCAAGCAUUCUCACUGUACGAAGAUGAAAUAUCCGAUUCGAAAGCGCAGCUGGCCGCCAUCAUGUUGAUCAUGUCGACAUUCGAGCAAAUGUCCUGCUUCAGUGAGGAGAAUGCCGAGCCGUUGCGCACGAAUUGCGCGCUGGCCGCUUCCAAGUUGCUGAAGAAACCCGAUCAGUGUCGCGGUGUGGUGGCGUGCGCGGCACUCUUCUGGAGUGGCAAGAAAAACGGUGGUGAGAUGCGCGAUGAAAAGCGCACGCUUGAGUGUUUGAAGAAGGGCGCACGUAUUAUAGCGCAUUGCUUGGACGUUGGCGUGCAAGUGCAGCUUUACGUGGAACUGCUAAAUCAUUAUCUCUUCUACUUUGAACGUGGCAACUCACUAAUUACCGUCGCUAUGUUGAAUCAGCUCAUCGCUAAAAUCAAUGAGGAUCUACCGAAUCUGGAGCCCACUGAGGAGACCAAACAGAUCGAAAUGCAUUAUAAGAACACAUUGGCGCAUAUUAAGAGCCGCAUGGAAUCGAAUGAUGCCGGUUUGGAGGUUUCAUUUGCGGGCAUUUCCAUCAAUUAGUGAAAUUAAUUUACUCUUAAAUUUACUUAAAGCGCAUUGUGUUGUUGUUGUACAGCUUGCGUUCGCACUAUAAAUAUUUUAAUUUUGCAUUAUCUUUAUACGGCUUAUUUAUAAAGAUUGCGUGAAAAUACAUAGAAAGUGAAAUGAGUGAAGCACCAGCCCACAUGCACAGCACAGCACAGCUCGAACAAUGUAAUGUACGUAAACUCCCGGACAGACUAAAAAAAAACGAAAAAGCGCAGCGCCUAAUUUUAUUUAAUUAUACUAAGUUUGCUAAUUCAAUUGUCUACUUUUGCUGCUUCUCAAACACUUUUUAUACAAAUUACAAAAAAAAAAAAAAACAAACAAAAAACAGAAAAACAACAAGUGCACUCAAAGCAAGAUAUUAUUAUAAAUCCAUUAACAUUUAACUUUACAUAUAUAAUAUGAAAAUGAAAAUAUUGCAGCUUCUGCUGGUUGUUUCCCAUAUCAAGCAAAAAUUGUAUCAAAUUCAAAUUCCAUUUAUUAUAAAUUUAUUGGAAGACUAUUUUUAUUAUUAUAUUAUUAUUAUUACUAUUACUAUUAUAAUUAUUGUAUUGAUAAACUGUUAUGUUGCUGUCUUGAUUAUCGUUAAAAUGACGCCCAUUUAUUCUGAGAAAUUUCGAUCAAAACAUCAUGUGGCUUGGCUUAUUAUUAACUUUGCAACUCCACAAUGUUUCGUUUAUAAAAGCAACAAAAAAAUCAUUUUUGUUUUUAAUUAGUAUUAACUAUAUAUUGAGUAAACAACAAAAAAAAAACAA